AUGAAACGCGAUUACACACAGACAACCGCCCGGUUUCAAAAGCUGUAUCGCAACGUCCAAACCCAUCGCAAGAUUUUCCAAUUCGGCGUUGAUAUGAAUGCGGAGUGCCUGAAAGACACGGGUCGCAGGAUGGAUUUUGGAUACGCCGUGGGGGACGGCUUGCUUGACAAUCUCUGCGAGUUGCGUUGUCGUCGCUAUCGGUGUUUCUCGUCUCGUCUGAAUAAUCCGAUGGGCAAUCCGUUUCGCGAAUCGCUCUUCGCCGUACCGUUUGAAAAUUUCAACAAGGACAUCCAUUGGACUGUCGUUGACUACCUGCAUCGCUGUAAGAGCCGCUUCCCGCUCUCUAUUUAA